UACUUUUCUCGAUUUUCACCACGAGCGUUGCGCCUUUUCCUCCCUAAAGAGGAAUCACAUUCCGGUAAGAGAGGACCCUAAUCUAUUUUUUAACAUCCAACUCAGCCAAAACAAGCCGACACAAACAGAAACAUGGACUCUCUCUACAACGCGACGGAGUUUAACGCCACCACCGGGACAAACGUCUCCGUUAACGGCAGCGUCAGCGACGGCUUCAACCAGUUCGUCCAGCCGGCGUGGCAGAUCACUCUCUGGGCCGUGGCUUACUGCAGCAUCGUCGCGGUGUCGGUGCUCGGUAACACGGUGGUCAUCUGGAUCAUUCUGGCGCACAAACGCAUGAGGACCGUCACCAACUACUUUCUGGUGAACCUGGCGUUCGCCGAGGCGGCCAUGUCAGCGUUCAACACGGUGAUCAACUUUACCUACGGCGUUCACAACGACUGGUACUUUGGUUUGGUUUACUGCCGCUUCCACAACUUCUUCCCCAUCGCAGCCAUAUUCGCCAGCAUUUACUCCAUGACGGCCAUCGCUCUGGACAGAUACAUGGCGAUCAUCCGCCCGCUGCAGCAGAGGCUGACUUCCACAGAGACCUAUGUUGUGAUCGCUGUGAUCUGGAUGCUGGCUCUGCUUCUAGCCUUCCCUCAGUACUACUUCUCAUCCACCGCGCUGCUGCCGGGACGCACAGUCUGCUACAUAGACUGGCCGGAAUACACCCCUGUGGACUUCAGGAAGAUAUACUAUGUGUGUGUGACACUGCUGAUCUACUUCCUGCCCCUUUGCAUUAUGGGAUGUGCGUACACGAUCGUGGGCGUCACCCUCUGGGCGAGUGAGAUCCCCGGAGACUCCUCUGAACACUACAAAAGCCAGCUGACUGCCAAACGCAAGGUGGUGAAGAUGAUGAUCGUGGUUGUGUGUACGUUCGCCGGCUGCUGGCUGCCGUAUCACAUCUACUUCUUACUGCACCAGUUCUUCCCCGAUUUAUUCGAGCAGCGCUACAUCCAGCAGGUGUACCUGGCCGUCAUGUGGCUGGCCAUGAGCUCCACCAUGUACAACCCCAUCAUCUACUACUGCCUCAACAGCAGGUUCAGGGCAGGUUUCCAGCAGGUGUUUUGUUGCUGUGUUCCCACCGUCGGCAAGGAGGAGCUGCAACUCAAAUCGCCGCGCUACCUGCACACACAGGUGAGCAUAUACCGAGCCAGUCGGGCGGGGACCGUGGUUUUCAGCGCCGGGGAGCAAAGGAGGUCGGAGCUGCCAUCCUGCAGCCCUCACAGCCAGCCUCAUGUGGACGUCACAUCCAACGGCUCGGGCUCAGAGGCACUGACCAAGAGCCCCGACAGUCCCGACAGCCCCGACAGUCCGUCACAGUAGAGCAAACACCAUCAGGUGGUGCGGGAACAAAGUGUGAAUGCGGGACGAGCAUCAGAUCUCACGGGUUCUGAAGAGGCAGUCGAGAUCAGAUGCCGUCUCUCUGGUUAAGUGCGUUAUUUAGCUGUGAUGUUUUGUUCUAACCAGCGGACACGUGCAAUAAUACCACGUAGGUGCUACAGUAUAUCGUCCACGGGUGGGGAACCGUCUCGCAAGUGAAAACUUGUCGUGGAAGUACUUGUUCUUUACUUGAGUAUUUCCAUUUUGAGUUUGUUCCUCUACAUCGCAGAGGGAACUGUUGGCUGAAUCUCACUUCCCUUAAAUUGCAUCCCCGGUUCCUCCACUUCCCUUCCUCGCGUCUUAGUCUGUCCCACCGAGGAAGCAUUGGAGAAAAAAGAGUUAAGCCACGCCUGCGCAGAAUCGAUCACCGGCGAUCGCCGCCCCAAUGCUUUCCACCGGGAAAUGCCUGGGUCUCAGCUGAUCUGACAGCUGAUUGGUUCAGAAUAAACUCAACACGAUGGUGUUUCAUACAGUAUAAAACAUAUUACUGUUUUUUAUAUAUUUGUCUGAUUUGAAGACUUAUUCUGUACAGAGAAUACAUGUUGUGUGGCUGAUGGUGACGUUUAGUAGUUAGAGAGACUAAAUCCGCAACAUCAGCAACAGCUCGCAUGUCGAGCAUUUUGACAGCUACUCUGUGGGAAUAAAAAAACAAAAAACAGACUGCGUUCAAGCUGAUAUAUGGUCUGAGAACAUUUUAAUGAAUCGGUCAUCGCUCAUAGCUCCGCGGAGAUCCCUCCUCCAUCCUCGCUCAUAGCUCCUCAGAGAUCCCUCCUCCAUCCUUGUUCCUCAGGGCAGGAAUAAGAGCUUUAGGACGGCCUAAACGAAGGAGUGCCAGAACAACUUCCAGUUGGCGAUACAAAUAAGAGGAGUGAGAUUCAGCCACUGUACUUUUUUACUUUACUAUCUUUAUCUGACAGCUGAAUGCAAGACUUUAACUUGUAAUGGAGAGUUUUUACAUUGUUUUACUUCAGUAAAGGCUCCGAGUACUUCUUCCAUCACCGGUGAAGUGUGUGAAAUGUUGGACACUGCAGACAGAUGGGAAAUACUGAGAGAAGCAGUAGAAAAACAUCCGUCUAACUCCUGCUGGUCCCCCUCAUCACUCAGCAUGUACGACCCCCAGCAUUCUCGGGCUGGUUUGGGAAAAGCGUGACCCUCCGCCUCCCUUGGCAACAGCCAAGUCUGUGACGCUGUGUUUGUGAUUGGAAAUAGGGAGGAAGAAUCAGUGUGUGUGUGUGUGUGUGUGUGUGUGUGUGUGUGUGUGUGUGUGUGUGUGUGUGUGUGUGUGUGUGUGAUCCAGCACCUGUUGG